UCCUUCCAGGAAGUGUGUUAGAGCGCAGCUGGCGUGACUGCUGGACUAACAGCAGCCUGGUUCUCAAAUAUCAGAUUGUUUUCGCUGUUUAUUAGCUUGAUGCUUUAACGUUUUCUGCCUGUCUACCGUGUAUUUAACCACUUAUUUCCGCCGCUUGCCGCGCUGGUUCGUGGCAGGUGACUCUUUUACGACGGAAUGGUUUUGUCAACAUCACAACAUGUCGCCAUGGCUUUUACAGCCUUGCUUUUCUCGUUUGUCGUUCUGCCGAGGUUGUUUGGCGUCGGCGGCGGGACCGGGGCGAAGGAAACUAGAUUUGAUCCUCGUCACACCAGAAAAGCAGGUCCAGGCCCAGGUGCACUCAGAGGCCAGCCUAUCAAUGUGAAUGGCCCUGGUUCAUAUCAAACUCCUGAGAACAUGCAGCAGAUGAAGAAGCUGAUGGAGCAAGAGCUGAAGAGUGACAAGUACAAAUCCAACGGCAACAAGGGCUACGUGUUCACACUGAUGCCACUCUAUGCCAUUGGAGUUGGAGUGUUUGCAGCCUACAAAUUUUUGAAGAUCAAGUCUGCAGGUGACCAGGAACAAAAGGAUAAAAUGACAAAGGGGGCCAAAAGAUCAAUAGAGGCAGAGAACCAGUUGAACGAGCUGGAACAAAGGCUAACGCAGACUGAAAGGAUGCUCAAUUCCAUCCUCACUCAGCUGGACCCACUCACUAACUGUGUGAAGUCAGUGGCCCAGGAGCAGAAAAAAGAGAUCGUGUCUCAACUCCAGACCAUCCGGUACUUGAUGAAGAAGAGAGGAAUGGACUGUCCACCCGUUAACAUCAACGAGACAUCCUGUGAGCACAGUCUGGAUGACCUCAUUGAGUCCCUUGGGGUCAACGACACGUCAGCAGCGGACGUUUCUCUGGUGGACAAGCGAACCUGUGGAGUAGCGGAAGUCCAUCGAAAACAUUCAGGUGCUAAAAAUGAAGCUGCAGCUGAAGGUGAAGACAUGAAGGAGCUCAUAUCAGAGGAAUCUGACAGGGAAGAGGAGUCAGAAGGAGAAGUAUUGGGGGAUAGAGCAGAAGAAGAGGAAGAAGGAUUGGAGGACUCCGAGCUCAUGCCUUCGCUAGAGGACUCUUAUGAGCUGAACACUAAGGAGGCUGGAGCGGAGCAGCCUGCGUCCGGCCUCAGGCGACGCAACAGGCCAGAAUGACCUGACUGCAGGACUUCUGCAGUAUACAGAAGUGUGACAGUUUAUUAUCAAUGUUUAUUAUCUGAAAGGCUUUACUUCCUAAAUGCUGUCUAUUUAUUCAUCAAUAUUGCAUUAAUAAGAAACAAUAACCUCAUAUAAAGAACUCUAACAAUAAACACACAGGGCUCUAUUUUCUUGUCACAGUGGGUUAAGACCAGGUCAUACACAAAGUCAGAGCAGCUAUAUACAAGUGCAUGUUCUAGUUUUGUUCAUCAGUGCAGAAUGCUAGGUGCAAAAGGUUUGGUUGAAGUGAGUUUGGGUCAGCUGUGGCUCAGGAGGUAGAGCAGGUCAUCCCACAGCAGUAGAGUCAGUGGUUUGAUCCCUGGCUUCUCCAGUCCACAGGAUGAGGAAUGCUUGGGCAAGCUAUUGAACCCCAAGUUGCCCCAGUGAUAACACCAAUGUGUGGUUGAGAGAGCAAGUGAACAAAUGGGAAAUAGAUUAAGAGCAUUAUAUAAGACCAUUUACUGUUCACAGGAAAAACAAACAAGCUGUCUUUGUAAGGUGCUGUUCCGCCUUGAGCCCACAGAACAGUUUCUGUGUUUCUGGUCAUGAAUUCCUUAGCUCAACGCAGACUGCUUCAACAGCUAUAGUUGCAUUACAUUUGUGUUUUUGAUAUCAAACUAAAUGUUACUAAGGGAUUUUAAAACUAUAAGGCACUCUACCCCAGGGGUGCACAGAAACUUUGAAGGGGAGAUAAGGGAGUGGAGGGAUAGAUGUGAGGCAAAGGUGCUAUGUUGGAUGAAAUGAGCCAGGUUUCUAAUAACAAAGUUAUUUAUUGUAGUCUGGCUUUUGAUGUAGUGUUCUCAUCAACAGUCAGUAGUUUGAGCUGCAGCAGCAGUGGCAAUGACACAUCUCAUAGGUGGAAUUAUAAAACCUUAGAUUGAAGCUCUUGUUCUUGGAGACUUUACUCAGUCAAAUCUUAGCAUGCAGACUAGAUAGAUACACUCCCUGACAAAAGUCUUGUCGCCUAUCCAACUUGUAGGAACAACAAAUAAUAACUUAACUUCUAGUUGAUCAUUUGGAAUCAGAAGUGGCUUAUAUGAAAGGCAAAGGCCUCUAGAUUAUGCUUAUUUUACCAAAAUAAAAUCUUAUUCCUUGGUUUUUAUUUAUUUAAUUAGGACAGAAAGGUCAGACUUUGCUUAGACAAAAGUCUUGUCGCAUAACAAAAUAAUGUACAGUACAGAACAUAAAGUCAUGGUGCCGUGGAAAAAUUAAUAUUGUGUAUGACUCUCAUGAGCUUGGAGGACUGCAUCCAUAUGUCUCGGCUAUGACUCAAAUAACUUAUUAUUGAAGUCAUCUGGAAUGGCAAAGAAAGUAUUCUUGCAGGACUCCCAGAGUUCAUCAAGAUUCUUUGGUUUCAUCUUCAAUGCCUCCUCCAUCUUAUCCCAGACA